AUGGCCGUGGGCGUUUCUGGUGCUAACGACGACGUGCAGCCGCCCGCGGAGACCUCCAGGAGCGGGCGAGACGACGCGCCCGAGUUCAUCCCCGCGCCCCCAGCCAAGAAGAGGAAGCGGCGCGACGACAUGCCGCGCAUCUGGCUCCGCCUCGAGCUGUUCGAGCUGGGGCUCGUGCCGCUGCCGUCCAAGUACGCGGCCACGCUCACGCUCGGCAACGUCAAGAAGGCGCUGGACGCGCUGCACGCCAAGCUGCAGCAGGCCGCCAACAGCGGCGCGGAGGCUGCAGCUGCAGCUGCAGGAGAUGACGCAGUGAUGGCGGACGCGGAGGCCGCAGCCUCCUCCUCCUCCUUCGUGGAGAGCGACAACCUGAGCGCCGUCACGUUUGCGGUCUGGAAGGACGCGGUGCACGCCAUCUUCCAGUGGCGAGAGCAGGACUACAAGGCCUUCUGGCUGCUGCUGGUGCAGUUCCACCGCAUGGUCCCCGUCCGGAACGAGAACGUGGAUGCGACGGCGCCCCUGGACGCGGAGCAGUGUCUCGAGAGGGAGGAGGUGCCCGUGUUCAAGAUGGUCAUCUACCUCUUCAUCCAGACGGUCAAGCCCCACUCGUGGAGGACCAAGUACUCACUCGACUCGUUCAACGCAGUGUGGUACCGUGAGCACGCGGAGAGUUUGGCAGCUGCGGCGGCGCUGGAGACGGCGGGCGCGGUGGCUGCGGCCACGGCCCCCAUCUCCCCGAUCAUGGGGGCCGUUGGAUCCCCACUCAUGCGCGGUAGUGCCAGCCCACCGCCGCCGCAGUCCCCGCACACAGUUGGCAUGGCGGAUCGCUCGACCGCAGACUCGUACUACCUUUCGUUCGUGCGCGAGAAGCUGGAGGACCUCUUCGGACUGCUCUACCCCUCGGUGGACCUCAAGGACGAGUCGCAGACCGUUGUAAGCGCGGACCAGAUCGACCUGCUCGGGUUCAUGUUGUGUCUCGGUGACGUCAGCCUCGUGGACAGGAACGUCAAGCUCAGCUCGUGCUACCCGACUUGGGAACAACCCGAUGGAGGCGACGCUAUGGCUGAGGAUGAAGCUGCAUCGGAGUUUGUGCAGCGCGUGGAGAACGGAGCCAAGGUCUGCCGGUUCUACAAGACCCACCUAUCGCUGAACGAGAAGAUGUACCCGCCGGUGGGUUUCUCGGUGCCAUCGACCUCGACUGGACUGAACAACUUGUCGACGCCUUCGCCUCCAGCCUUUUCCCUCAACGGUCUGUUACUCUGGCUGUGCAGUUGGUGUCCGCGCUCGCUCCGUACUGACAAAUACGAUUUCUCGCUCGAUGGAAGUGCAUACACUGCUCCUGUGCAAGAGGAGACGGCGGGUCGGCCCACCAUCCUCUCGCAGCUUGUUAAGACGACCGUGAUCAAGCGCGCGGAUGAGUUUGCAGCGCCUGAUGAGGGCGGUCAGCUCUCGGAUGUCAUCAUCUUCUCCUGCCAGGACUCCUACAUCUACAUCCUGGGACCUGUUCGGAAUGUGACGAUCUCAGCCUGCAAGAACUGCCGGAUUAUCCUGGCACCGAACACGGGGAUUUUGUCUAUGGAGAGAUGUGAAAACGUUCAGCUCACCUCGCUUUCGGGACUCGUUCGCGUCAGCAACUGCUUGGACACGCGACUAAACGUCUACACAUUAUCUCCGAUUAUUGUCAGUGGCGAGAACGUGGGCGUGAUCCUGGGGCCGUACAACACGAAAUAUGCCGGCCUGAAGCAGCAGUUGUCCACGGUGCCGUUCCUUUGCAAUUCGGAAUCUCAAGGCUCGUGGAACAUCUUCCUGGAUGUCGACAGCGACAAAGACAGCAUGGCCGAUACGGACAAGCCCCCGGUUUCUAUCCAAGUGCCCGAGACCUUUCGCGAUGUGUGUGUCCCCGUAAAACCAGCGGCGGGUUCGGGCCCCGCUGAGCGGCCAUUCCCGAUUCCGCCCGAGUACGUGGCUGCUGUGAGGAAGCAGUACGAGACGGUGGAGUCGCUGCGGCAGCUGGUGACGAGCGACGAGUUUGACCUGACGAAGAAGCGGACGAUGGAGGUCGUGAUCCAGCUCAAAUUCAAGGAGUGGCUGUCGUCUACGAGCAACGUGCGGCAGAUCCUGGACCUGGUACACCUGGACCGCGCGAACGGAGGCGGCGACAAGGAGUCAUAG